AUGGUGCCGGCCAUCCGACUCGUGUUUGCUGCCGCCAUGAAGCGUCUCUGCUGUGUGCUCCUGGUGCCUUUCUUCUUUGCGGGACUUCAGGCUCAGUGCCCCUCACCAGCCAGCCUUGUAAACGAUGCAGGGGAGAAGCUCUGUGCCCGUAUGUUUGAACACAGCAGUAUUUACUUUGACCAGUCCUGCGGUGGUGCCUACCUAGAUGCCAAGAGCGGAGACGACUUCCCUUACAUGCCGCUUGGAUGGGGAAACAAGAUUUCAUCCUUGGUGGUUGCAAGUCAUUGCACCCUGAAAGUGUAG